GCCUGAGGGAGAGACACUGGACUGUAGAGAAGAAGAGGUGCCACCCUGGGUCCUCCUACAAAAGGAAGAGUGGUAACUCUCCUGCCUUGCCGGAUGCCCCCUCCAUGUGCCCAUUCUUAGCAGACUCACCCUACCUCUGGGCAGUAAAUUCCCUGAUCACUGUCUUCCCGCCCAGCCCAUCUCCCUGCCUCCUGUACUCUCUCCAGCUGCUCAGUCCUGUCCAGACAAUGUCAAGACACCUCCUUUCUUUGUUCACCUCCUGGUGCUUCCUUACCUGUUCCCCACUCUCUUUCCCGGCAGUUCACUCAGGCUCCUCAGCCCUGGAAACCCCGCCUCUAGGGGCAAAGGGCAGCCCCGGGGGAUCCCUGAGAAAGGGGAAGUCAUGCCAGCGUAGACGGAGCCAGAAUCCCCCUGGGACCUUGGCCCUUUCCCUGACUUCCUAGCCCUCCUGGGGCUUUGUGCACCACAUAGGGAAAGAGACAGCUGAGAGCUGACUGUGAGGUUUGGGAAAAGGCGAUGUCAUCAGCUGGCCCAGUGCCUUAUGACCCAUCCUCCAUCCGCUGCUAGGGAUCCUGCUCCUGUGGGCAAGUCCCUCUUUUUUUUUUUUUUUUUUAAAGGAAAACAAAAACUAGGAUUUUUGGGAAGGAAUGAGACACCCAUCUGAGUCCUACCAACAGAGCUGCUGGCUGAAUGGCUUACAGCUCAGCCAAUCGCAGAGGCUGGGGAUGCUUAAAAGAGCUGGCGGGGAGAGAGUCUGGUAGGAACCCUCAGGGAGACCCACAGACACAGAGACACAGGAGAGGGCAGGAGAGAGACAGACAAAGGCACAGAGGCGAAGCCAGAGUUUGGGGCGGACAGAGAGAGGCCAGAGAAGCUGCAGGAGACAGAGGCAGGGAGAGACAGACGCAGGAGAGGAAGGUUUGCAGGAGCCGGGCCACUAGGCACCUCUCCCAAGCCAGGGGCAAGUUUUCUCCGUCUCAUCUGAAGGUCCCCAGCCCCUCUGAAACUCUGCCUCUUAUCCCGGCGCUAGUCCGAGCCCCAGGCUGCAGAGAGGAGCUUUCCACAAAGCCUGGGUGUGAAGGACGCGGUACCCAGACGGCCUCAGUGUCUCCCAGCUUCAGCACCCUGCCAUGUCCCAGCCGGACCCACACCCCAGGAGGGGCUGGACGGGCAGCUGGCUGUGGGGAGCACAACCCCAUCUGCUGCUCCCCACUGUGACCUUCCCUGGGCUGGUGUGGCUCCUGCUGCUGCUGACCUCCCUCCUGCCCUCAGCCCGGCUGGCCAGCCCCCUUCCCCGGGAGGAGGAGAUCGUGUUUCCUGAGAAACUCAACAGCAGCGUCCUGCCUGGUUUGGGCAUCCCUGCCAGGCUGUGGUACCGUUUGCCUGCCUUUGGGGAGACACUGCUGCUAGAGCUGGAGCAAGACCCGGGCGUGCGAGUGGAGGGGCUGACAGUGCAGUACCUGGGCCAGGUGCCUGAACUGCUGGGUGGGGCGGAGCCAGGCACCUACCUCACUGGCACCAUCAACGGAGAUCCAGAGUCAGUGGCAUCUCUGCACUGGGACGAGGGAGCCCUGUUAGGGGUGCUGCAGUAUCGGGGGACCGAGCUCCACAUCCAGCCCCUGGAGGGAGGCACCCCUAACUCUGCAGGGGGGCCUGGGGCUCACAUCCUACGCAGGAAGAGUCCCACCAGCGGCCAGGGCCCUAUGUGCAGCGUCAAGACUCCUCCUGGGAACCCCAGGCCCAGCCCUCGAAGAGCCAAGCGCUUUGCUUCCCUGAGUAGAUACGUGGAGACCCUGGUGGUGGCAGAUGACACGAUGGCAGCAUUUCACGGCGCAGGGCUGAAGCACUACCUGCUCACAGUCUUGGCGGCCGCAGCCAAGGCCUUCAAGCACCCGAGCAUCCGCAACCCUGUCAGCUUGGUGGUGACUCGGCUAGUGGUGCUAGGGCCAGGAGAGGAAGGGCCCCAGGUGGGGCCCAGCGCCGCCCAGACCCUGCGCAGCUUCUGUGCCUGGCAGCGAGGACUCAACACCCCUGAGGACUCGGACCCAGACCACUUUGACACAGCCAUUCUGUUCACCCGUCAGGACCUGUGUGGGGUCUCUACCUGUGACACCCUGGGCAUGGCCGACGUGGGCACUGUGUGCGACCCGGCUCGGAGCUGCGCCAUCGUGGAGGACGACGGGCUCCAGUCAGCCUUCACCGCUGCUCACGAACUGGGCCACGUGUUCAACAUGCUCCACGACAACUCAAAGCCCUGUGUCGGUCUGAACGGGCUUGGGAGCGCCUCUCGUCAUGUCAUGGCCCCCGUGAUGGCUCACGUGGAUCCCGAGGAGCCCUGGUCCCCCUGCAGCGCCCGCUUCAUCACGGACUUCCUGGACAGUGGCCACGGGCACUGUCUCUUGGACAAGCCGGAGGCCCCCCUGCACCUGCCUGUGACUUUCCCUGGCAAAGACUAUGACGCAGAUCGCCAGUGCCAGCUGACCUUCGGGCCCGACUCACACCACUGUCCGCAGCUGCCGCCGCCCUGUGCUGCCCUCUGGUGCUCUGGGCAUCUCAACGGUCAUGCCAUGUGCCAGACCAAGCAUUCACCGUGGGCUGAUGGCACCCCGUGUGGGCCCUCACAGGCCUGCAUGGGUGGCCGCUGCCUCCAUGUGGACCAGCUCCAGGACUUUAAGAUCCCACAGGCCGGUGGCUGGGGUCCUUGGGGAUCCUGGGGUGCCUGCUCUCGGAGCUGUGGGGGCGGUGUCCAGUUCUCCUCCCGGGACUGCACACAGCCUGUCCCCCGGAACGGUGGCAAGUACUGUGAGGGCCGCCAUACUCGCUUCCGCUCCUGCAGCACCCAGGACUGUCCUGCAGGCUCAGCGCUGACCUUCCGUGAAGAGCAGUGUGCUGCCUACAACCACCGCACCGACCUCUUCAAGAGCUUCCCGGGGCCCAUGGACUGGGUGCCUCGCUACACGGGGGUGGCCCCCCAGGACCAGUGCAAACUCACCUGCCAGGCCCGGGCCUUGGGCUACUACUACGUGCUGGAGCCACGGGUGGUGGACGGGACUCCCUGUUCCCCGGACAGCUCCUCGCUGUGUGUCCAGGGCCGCUGCAUCCAUGCCGGCUGUGACCGAGUCAUUGGCUCCAAAAAGAAGUUUGACAAGUGCAUGGUGUGUGGUGGGGACGGUUCUGGCUGCAGCAAGCAAUCCGGCUCCUUCAGAAAGUUCAGGUAUGGAUACAAUAAUGUGGUCACCAUACCAGCGGGGGCCACCCACAUCCUGGUGCGGCAGCAGGGGACCCCUCGUCCCCGGAACCUCUACCUGGCGCUGAAGCUCGCAGACGGCUCCUACGCCCUCAAUGGAGAAUACACGCUGACGCCCUCCGCCACCGACGUGGUGCUGCCUGGGGCGGUGAGCCUGCGCUACAGUGGGGCCACGGCAGCCUCUGAGACGCUGGCCGGCCACGGGCCACUGGUCCAGCCCUUAACACUGCAGGUCCUGGUGGCCGGUGACCCCCAGAACACACGCAUCCGGUACAGCUUCUUCGUGCCCCAGCCAACCCCUUCACCGCCACGCCCCGCUCCCCAAGACUGGCUGCAUCGCAAGGCACAGAUUAUGGAGAUCCUCCGGCGGCGACCCUGGGCUGGCAGGAAAUAGCCUCACCAUCCCGGCUGCCCUGUCUGGGCACCGGGGCUGGACUUAGCUGGGAGAAAAGGGCUUCGCAGGAGCCCCACACGGGACAAGUGGGAAGGGGCGAGCCCCCACACCACAACGUGCAGGCCGGCCCUGCCCCAUCCUGCCCUGGAGGCAGCAGCCUCGGCGGAAGGGCUG